AUGGCUGCUGCUAUUCAAUUUCGUAACUGGUGCAAAGUCGACCUCCUUAUUCGACCCGUCCUCACGCAACACAUGACCGAUGUUGAAGGUCUUGACUCUGUUGACUCCUUCGCCAACAGGACCACUUCUCAAGUUCAUGAAGGCAUCAAAUCUAUGCGAAGAGCCCCUGAUCCCAACAAUGCAAAUGUGACUAUCGGAGUCACCGCUCGCGAAUCGAUGACUAUUCAUCGUAUCUCCAAAUAUGGGAAGCUCCUCAUUUUGGUUCAAAGAACCCAUACUCCAGCCCUUGGAACCAUCCCAAAUCUCCUUUUUAUUGGUCAAUUCUAUGAUGAAAACCCGGAUCUCAUGGAAGGGGACUCCUACCCACUUCCUCCUCAUCCUCCAAAGUUCAACAAUCGCGAUGGUCGAAUCAUGAUGAAAACAUUGAAAGUUGGGCUCGUACCGCCUAUGGAUAUCGUGGAAUUCGCCUUGAUUAUAUUUUCCGUGAAAAUUCUGAACUUCCACUUGCUGGUGACCCUGGGUUCCUCCAAGCCGCCGACGGCUCUCGCUCCAUCAAAGAAGAACUUGUCCGACGUGCUGCCCACACUGGUGCUGUGUUCCGUCGCAACAACCAGAAACUUUGGGUUAUGCUCCAUGCUGUCACACAUGAAACUGAUGCCUACAAUCACGUUCGUCAAUUUGCUCCAACUUUGA